UUAUUUGUCAUGAUUGCCAUGGCCCUCCUUUGUUGAAUCUGGCCAUUAACAUCACGUGAGCCUGACAAAUUCUUGCACUCUGAUUCGCUCGGACAAGAUCGGGGAGCCAUUCUGACGUACCAGCGGUCUCCGGCAACAAACGCCUUUUAGCACCGAGGAGCCGGGCUUUGAAAUCAUAAGCCUCCACUAUCCAUCCACUAAACCUUUGCCUCUCUUGAUACCAAUCCUCAACCUCAACAUCACCACCACAUGCGCCCACAAUGUUUGCCUCAAGAUCGAUAACGAGAAUCGCCCUGCGACGAGGAUGCACUCUGAGGCAGUUCUCGACGUCGAGACCUCUCGCUGUGUCCUACCACUCAUAUACUCUUCCAACACAUACCUCGACGCCUCCCAGAAACGACGACGUUCCUGAAACUUCAAUAACACAACCUGAUCCUCUUCCUAAGGUCCACGAGACACGACCUCCUCCUCAACAACCUCAGCACCCUCAACCACCUAAGCAACAAGAACCCGCGCCCACGCAAAAUGCUGCUCCCGCCGCAUCGGCAUCAGCUCCGAAGCUCAGCGAAACAGAAGCUCAGAAGCCAAAGGCAGCCAGGCCACGACCUAAGCUACGACCGCGCAAGGCCGCUAUGAAGUUGACGCCCUCUGCGGUGGAGCAAUUGCGAGAAUUGCUGGAUCAGCCGGAACCUAAGCUCAUCAAGGUCGGAGUACGGAACCGAGGAUGCAGUGGCUUGGCGUACAAUCUUGAAUAUGUUGAUAAGCCGGGUGCUUUUGACGAGACGGUCGAGCAGGAUGGCGUCAAGGUCUUGAUUGAUAGCAAGGCGCUGUUUAGCAUCAUUGGGAGUGAGAUGGAUUAUGUUGAGGACAAGCUUAACCAGCGGUUUGUGUUCAAGAACCCGAACAUCAAGGAGGAAUGCGGCUGCGGAGAGUCUUUCAUGGUCUAGAAUGGAAGCCAGCGUUUCGUCAUCGCACCGGUAUAUACGAAACAAAGCAUCACUCACGAGACGACAUCAUUCAUGCUUGAACGACAGGGAUAUGUAAGAAUCAUCCCGUCGUCUCAGCACAAGAGACACGAGAGUCCGGAAAUGAUCAAAGUUCAGCGAGAAACAGCAUGCAUAGAAGCAUUUGCGAGUCGCAUCUUGUAAAAACCAAAAACAGGAGCCGUCGAGAGGAGGCAUAGUAACCCCGUAACUAGGAUCGGCAUAAUCAUUGGCGUUGGGUUAGAUUGGAGACAUCACCUCCCUCUGUUUGAGAAAACUUAUUUACAUACAUACAUAUACCAGCGUGCCGCUUUUUGGUACAGAAAUGAAGACACAUGGAGUAAUGAGAUGGCCACAGCUAAGGGGAUUAAGUAUAUUGGAUUGAUGAUAUUCAUGUGUAUAACGGCACUGGCUACAUAUAAAAUACAUUGCUUGUUCUCUCUCUAUC